AUGGGCCCAAUUCGCAUUGGCAUAAUUGGUCUUUCAACUGGUUCAUGGGCAGCUAAUGCUCAUCUACCCUAUCUGCAGACCCCCGAUUCAAAGUUCAGAAUUGUGGCUGUUUGUAAUUCAUCUGAGGAAAGUGCUGCGAAGAGCGUCAAAGAACUCAAGCUUCCAGGCCACGUAAGAACAUAUGGAAAUGUGCAAGGUAUUGCCGACGAUAAAGACAUUGACCUUGUUGUUUGCGCUACGCGAGUAGAUCGUCAUUACAAGUCUAUUCUUCCUUCCCUUAAAGCUGGCAAGGAUGUCUUUGUCGAGUGGCCCCUUGGUGGGAGCCUUAAGGAAGCGAAGGAGCUCCUCGGUGUGGCAAAAGAGAACAAUGUCAAGCUCACUGCAGUCGGCCUUCAAGGGCGGUUUGACUCCAUUGUCGAAACUUUGAAAGGCAUUUUGGCAGAAGGAAGAAUUGGCAAAGUUCUUAGCACUACAAUCACUAGUCAAGGAAUGAUUGCAGGACAGACAGAGCUUGAAAGUCAAACUUACCUAGUUGACCGUGAAAGUGGUGGCUCCUUACUCUCGAUUCCAGCUUUACAUUUGCUCGAUACCGUUCAGGAAGUCCUUGGCGAACUCUCUAGCUUCAGAUCUCUUCUUUCAAACCAACGACCAGUGGUUAGAAUUGUUAAAGCCGAUGGCUCCGUGGCCAAAGAGAACGCCAAGAAGACAACUCCAGAUCAUGUUAUGAUUCAGGGCUCGCUCAAGUCAGGGGCCGUACUUUCGGCUAUGAUCAGAGGAGGAGCACCAUUCAAGGGAUCCCCUGGACUUGAGUGGAGCAUCUACGGUGAAAAAGGAGAGAUCAGAAUUACAGGUCCCAGUGCUCUCAUUGAGAUCGUCGGUACAAACAGCAUUCAGCUUCACGACUUUGCCACCGACGAAAUUGUGGAAAUUGCGCUCAAGAACGGGGCUUUUGCCGAGAUGGGUCCGAUACAUAGAAAUGUGGCCCGUAUUUAUGAGGCGAUUGCUGCAGGUGACAAAACUAUUCUUUGUGAUUUUGAGAGGGCUGUGAAAAGACACCAGUUCAUUGAGGAGGUUUACUGUCAAAACCCCGGGGUGUAA